GUGCCGAAUGCCUUCCCCGGUCGGUUCAAAGGGCCUCGACUGCCUCCGGGCUUCGUCUUCGUGUUGACCUGCGAAUGAUUGACCCGAUCACGGUGAACGCUCGUGACAAUUUGUACUUCCAUGUGAAUGAAUAGAUAAUAAGAACGAGACCAAAAAAUGGCAACCAUCUCGCUGCUGGUGGACCAAUCUCACUCCUUGUGGUCCCGGCUUUCAGCCAAUAGCAAGCCGGGUAAAGCUGAGCGUGCGUCUACUAUAAUUCCAAAAACCAAAAACGUAGCCCUCCCAUUAUAUAAUUCCAGCCCGUAUCUUGCGUCCUGGUCUCAGUCCUUAUGGUCCCGCAUGUGGCUCCCAGAGGCUUCGUCAUUUUUAUCAAUAGCAGGCCAGGUGAAACGGUGUGUACAUCUAGAAAGACAAAGCUAAUUAGGGUCGUCGAGUCCUGAAUGAACCAAAGACAUCACGAGUCUGUCACGUGAGGCCUACCCAACGCGGUGGCGUUCCGGUGAUGAUACCUAUAUAUGAGACUCCAAUCUGUUCCUCCUUUCGUUCUUUAGCGGACGCAGAUGGUCUCGGUAAAGAUGGUGAGCAACGCAAGCGAAGGUGCAGGUGGUGAAAGCUCCACGAGAGGCUUCGCUGGAAACACCAUCGAACUGCGGAAGAUUAUUAGUCUGUCCAUUUUCCCCGUUUUCUUGAAAUCUCUCGCCAUACGAUUUCUUUUUUCCCGCUAUGAGCAACGAAUCGGUGUAGGGUUUGUUCAGUUCUUGAUCUCGAUCCACUUCUUGCUUGAUUUUUCCUUUCCCUUUUUUUAAUUUCUUUGAUAUAGGGAUUCGCGUCUUCUUAGGGGCUAUGAUCCGAAGUGGUGUCAUUCAUAUUACCGAAUCGUUUUUGAUAAGGGUAAAAAACUGACUUUGACGUAACACCCCAGAAUUGACGUAAUACACCCCCCCACGUCGGACGCCCGAUACGGCGCUCUGCCACGGAAAUAGCAUUAACUACGAUGCGACGCACGCCCAUACCCAUCGUACCCGAACAACCCCCUCGGCUGACUCUUCGCAGCCGGCCGAGGCAGGCAGAGGCGCCAGCUGACACCCCCAUACCCUGCGGCAGCUCGGCUCUCCACGCAACGCCCACAGCGGCAACAGACGUCGUCAGAGGUACGGUCCUGCUCUGGCAGGAUGGCCCAUCAGGUAACAUCAACCCCCCUUAUAAAUACCCCCCCCGGGUCCACGCCACUAGGGGGAAAAAAAGGGAAAGAAAACCCUUUCUCUCUCUCUCUCAACCAAGAUAACAUUCCCUUCCGCUGACUUGAUCGUCGGAGGGGUCGGGCCGAGCCACCUACCCGACCUGUGUGCAGGUACCCAGCCACCGUCAACCCGGUUCGCCCAGGCGGACUCCUCGAGCAAGAUCCUUCGCAUCCGCCACCUAAAGCCCGACAAAGGGGGACACCUCUAAUCCCAGGCAUUUGGAGCCCAGAACCAGCCGCGUCAACCCCAAAGUCGCGGCCCGAAAGUUAUUUACCAUAACAGAUUGGCGCUAGAAGGAGGGCCCGAUCCAAAUGUCAAGCGAUCAGCAAAUUUACCCCGGCGGAUCCUCAAAUGCGGAGCUCCCCGCCUUAGGGGAACGGCGUGACGAAACCCACGAUGAACGUCCCGCAGCGGUGUCAGAACGCUAUUGGCGGCUAUUCAACGACCAGGGCUUGUCACCCCCUGGCGGCGCGCCCGCCGACUCCUCACAAGUGUCGCCUGAGGCCUUUCAUGACCUCGCCCACCAGGUUCGAACUCUAACAAGCAUGGUGCAGACCAUUGUCUCCCAACGAACCCCUCCGCAUGCGGCGAGGCCCUCGCAGCAACAGGAGACCCUCGCCCGGACCCACGUACCACUCCCAGAGCUUCCGGGCUCGCCUCGAAACCCCACGACUCGACCGGGAGGCAGGGAAGCCGAGGACACGGUGAGCCGCCCCGAGCCGGAGGCCCUGACUACUGAUUCGACGAACGCCCUGCGGGCCCAGCUGCGCCUCGUCAGUCAAAGGCUGGACGAGGUACAGCAGGAGGUUCGUAAGUCGAAAGGAGAACUCGGGACGGACGGACACCAAGGAUCUCCGUUCACCCCCGAGAUACAGGAUCAGGCGAUCCCGCCGCACUUCCGCCUCCCCUCCCUGGACGCGUAUGAUGGCGCAACCGACCCCGCGGACCACGUGGCCGCUUUUCGGGCCCAGAUGGCGCUGUUCGGGACUUCAGACGCCCUGAUGUGCCGGGCGUUCCCGACGACCUUGCGAGGACCAGCCCGCGCAUGGUACAGCGGCCUGAAGUCAGGGACCGUCGCCUCCUUCGACCAGCUCGCCAAGGAUUUUGAGCUUAACUUCCUAGCGUACGCCCGACCGAAGCCAUCCAUGGCGUUGCUCCUGGGGCUCAACCAGAAGGAGGACGAGCCCCUUUCUCACUUUGUGAACCGGUUUACGACGCAAAUCCGUGGAUUACCGGAUGCUCACCCCUCUCUCUUGAUGCAGGCCUUUAUGACUGGUCUGCGGCCCUCCAGGUUCUUCUGGUCGCUUGUGGAGAGGCCCCCCGUCGCGGUCCCUGAGAUGCUCCAACGGGCCAGCCAGUUCAUCGCCGCAGAAACCUGGAUGGUGGGAAAGCGAGAAGAACACAGAAAGGUCAAGUCGGAACCGCCCCGACAGCAGCAACCCACCACCUCCCGGCGAAAGCUGGACAGGCCUGACCCCAGGCCCCCUCUUCCCGCCUUGAACUCUUCCCGGACGGAGAUAUUCCUACACGAAAAGGGGAAGGGGCUGCUCAGGGACCCCCACCCCAUGAAGAACCCGCGAGAGCUCGCAGAUCGCUCAAAGUACUACCGAUUUCAUCGACAGCACGGGCAUGACACGGAGCAGUGUUACGAGCUGAAAAGACAAAUCGAGGAGCUCAUCCUCAGAGGCCAUCUCGGCCAGUACCUCCGGCCGAGCAAAGAGCAGUCUCCUCGUCCGGAGGGCCUCGUUGAGCGACACAUCGAUGUCAUAGCCGGGGGCCCCGCAUCCGGAGGAAGUUCUAUGUCGGGCAGGAAGGCCUACGCCCGGGCCGCCCCCGACGAAGCCUCGGGACGUGAGCCUGAGCCCGAGAUCACCUUCCCAACCGGAGCCGCUGAGCGACCCCACCACGACGACGCCCUGGUAAUAUCGGCCAGGGUAGCCAACGCGCAAGUGAGAAGAAUCAUGGUCGACACGGGGAGCUCGGCCGACAUACUCUACUUUGGCGCCUUCCAGAAGCUGGCCCUAGCCAGGGAAGAUUUAAGCCCUAUGUGCUUGGCACUCACCGGCUUCACGGGAGAUUCGAUAUCACCUCUGGGGGCCAUUACCCUCCCUCUGACUCUGGGAACCCCGCCGAAAUCAAAGACGGUCAUGACCACCUUUCUAGUAGUCGACCUUCCCACCGCUUAUAAUGCCAUACUUGGCCGGCCAACCCUCAACAAGGUCAGAGCCGUCGUCUCGACCUACUACCGGACCGUCAAGUUCCCGACUCGGGAGGGGGUCGGGGAAGUCACCGGAAGCCCCCAAGAGUCCAGGCGCUGCUACCUUACCUCUGUCUCAUUGGGCAGAAGGGCCAGGGGAGAAUCACCUCUAGAAGAUCCCCGGGAGGCAAAGAAGUCGGCCCCUCACCCUGGGCCGAGGGGAUCCACUGCUGACAUCCCCUUACGGGGAGCACGGCCGGAUCAAACGGUCAGGGUCGGCUCGGAGCUACCCGAGCGGGAACGGGAACGGCUCGUCGGCCUUCUGCGGGAGAAUGCCGACAUCUUCGCCUGGUCCCCAUCGGACAUGAAGGGAGUCGACCCCAAGGUCGCGGAGCAUCAUCUCAACAUCCCACCUGACGCCCGACCGGUAAAGCAAAAACCCCGUCGCCACGCACCUGACCGGCAACGUGCCAUACAAGAGGAGGUGGACUGACUCUUGGCA